CCACAGUAGAAAUUUGUUUUCCUUUCUUGGCUUAAGAGGCUUAUUUUAGCAGUAUCACCUUAUUUUGACAUUGCUUUCUUUGCUAAGCUUUAGUGGUUUCUGUGCUAUAUGUCAUCUAAGUAUCUUCCUGCCUUGAGGCCCUACACAACAUCUCCAGUCUUGCUUCUCGAUGUUCCCCAAUAUGUAGCCUCAGUGUGGGUCAAAUCAGUCCCCCUUCUCUCCCCUUCCUCAACUCCCAGUUCUUGCCCUUUUGUUCAGACUAGAUCUCUCACUUGGGGUCUUUUCCUCCACUUCAAUCCUUAUCCAAAAUCCUGACCUUUUCUUCAAAACUCACCUUCCUUGAAGCUUCCCCUCCCUGUUCCCUUUGGAGUGCCGCACCAUUUAACACUUGUGUGAUUUUUUUUGUCUGUUUCAUGUGUUUCAGACUUCCCUCCCUGACUAGGUUGUUGUGAGGAAGCAUCAUGAGGGUUCAGAUCGUGGCUUAUACAACUUCCAUAUUCACUCUCUACCCCAGGACAGUUCUUCAGAAGUUACUUGUGAUUUAUAUUGUUCUCUCGGGCAAAAGUGUAUUUUAUUGUCGGCUUCCAAAGAUUACUAACUUUUAUCUAUAACUUUAAAAUUGAACUACCUUGGCUAUCCUGCUGUUCCUAUUUGCUGCUUCCAUUAUUGCCUUCUUCAGAGAACACCCAAAGAAUAACAAAAGACAAACACCAUUUUUAAGUCUUUUCACAAUGAAACUUAAGCUAAAUGUGCUUACAAUAAUUUUAUUCCCUAUCCACUUGCUAAUAUACAUAUAUAGUGCCCUUAUAUUUAUUCCGUGGUAUUUUUUUACCAAUGCCAAGAAGAAAAACACUAUGGCAAAACGAAUAAAAGCUAAACCCACCUCAAACAAGCCUGGGAGUCCAUAUCGAGCUGUCACCCACUUCGCCUCACUUGCCGUGAUUGACAUCCCUGGAGCAGACACCCUGGACAAACUGUUCGAUCAUGCUGUGACUAAAUUUGGGAAAAAGGACUGCCUUGGGACCAGGGAGCUGUUAAGUGAAGAAAAUGAAAUGCAACCAAAUGGAAAAGUCUUUAAAAAGUUAAUCCUAGGAAACUAUAAAUGGAUGAACUAUGUCGAAGUGAACCAGAGAGUGAAUAAUUUUGGCAACGGACUUACCACAUUAGGCCUGAAACCAAAGAGCACAAUUGCCAUCUUCUGCGAGACCAGGGCAGAAUGGAUGAUUGCAGCACAGACCUGCUUUAAGUAUAACUUCCCUCUUGUAACUCUAUAUGCAACUCUUGGCAAAGAGGCUGUAAUACAUGGAUUGAAUGAAUCUGAAGCAUCCUAUCUGAUUACUAGUGUUGAACUUCUAGAAAGUAAACUUAAGACCGCACUUGUAGACAUCAAUUGUGUUCGGCAUAUCAUCUACGUGGACAAUAAAAUGAUUGAUAAGUCGGAAUAUCCUAAAGGCUUUGAGAUCCACAGUAUGCACUCAGUGGAAGACUUGGGAUCCAAGCCGGAAAAUCUCAACAUCGUUCCCAACAGACCAAAUCCCAAUGAUCUUGCUAUUGUCAUGUAUACCAGCGGCUCUACCGGCAGACCUAAAGGCGUAAUGAUGCAUCACAGCAACCUGAUAGCUGGAAUGACUGGCCAGUGUGAAAGGAUUCCUGGAUUAGGACCAAAGGAUACCUAUAUUGGUUACUUGCCUCUUGCUCAUGUUCUAGAAUUGACAGCAGAAAUAUCAUGUUUUACCUAUGGAUGCAGAAUUGGAUAUUCUUCUCCUCUUACAUUAUCAGAUCAGUCCAGCAAAAUUAAAAAAGGGAGCAAAGGCGACUGUAGUGUUCUGAAGCCUACACUUAUGGCAGCUGUCCCGGAAAUCAUGGAUAGAAUUUAUAAGAAUGUCAUGAGUAAAGUUCAAGAAAUGAACUAUUUUCAGAAAACUCUUUUCAAAAUAGGCUAUGACUACAAGCUAGAACAGAUUAAAAAAGGAUAUGAUGCUCCACUGUGCAAUUUCCUGCUGUUUAAAAAGGUGAAAGCUCUAUUAGGCGGGAAUGUCCGUAUGAUGCUUUCUGGAGGAGCACCCCUUUCGCCACAGACACACCGCUUUAUGAAUGUCUGUUUCUGCUGCCCAAUUGGCCAAGGUUAUGGAUUAACUGAAUCUUGUGGAGCUGGAACAGUUACUGAAGUUACUGACUAUAGCACUGGACGAGUCGGAGCCCCUCUUAUUUGCUGUGAAAUUAAACUCAAGGACUGGCAAGAAGGAGGCUAUACCAUUCAUGACAAACCAAACCCCAGAGGGGAAAUUGUAAUCGGUGGACAAAAUAUUUCUAUGGGUUAUUUUAAAAAUGAAGAGAAAACAGCUGAAGAUUAUUCUGUGGAUGAAAAUGGACAAAGAUGGUUUUGUACUGGAGAUAUUGGGGAAUUCCACCCUGACGGAUGUUUACAGAUUAUAGAUCGCAAGAAAGACUUGGUGAAACUACAAGCUGGAGAAUAUGUGUCUCUAGGGAAAGUGGAGGCUGCCUUGAAAAACUGCCCACUCAUUGACAACAUCUGCGCCUACGCCAAAAGUGACCAGUCAUAUGUGAUCAGUUUUGUGGUUCCUAAUCAGAAAAGGCUGAUGGCCUUGGCCCAGCAGAAAGGGGUAGAGGGAUCAUGGGUAGAUAUCUGCAAUGACCCUACCAUGGAAACUGAGAUACUUAAGGAAAUUAAAGAAGCUGCAAAUACCAUGAAAUUGGAGCGUUUUGAAAUUCCAAUCAAGGUCCGCCUAAGCCCAGAACCCUGGACUCCUGAAACCGGUUUGGUAACUGAUGCUUUCAAGUUGAAAAGGAAGGAGCUCAGGAACCACUAUCUCAAUGACAUUGAGAGAAUGUAUGGAGGCAAAUAAAAAUCGGGCCUGUUCUCAACAGAGGGCCCCAUGCUCUCAAUAAUUCAAAAUGUUAGUGUUUUACCUUUGCCUCUGGUCAUUAAACUGCAUUUAGCUAUUACAAUCUUAAGUUAAAUCGAAGCGAAAUGAAAAACCAAUUCAAAUGUCUAUUGAGUCUUCUCUUUUUUUCUUUGCCUCUAGAUACUUUAUUGAAUUUUGAUUCUUAACUUAUCUGAGUUACAAAGCAAAAAUGGAACUCCCAGAAUCCUCCUAAGGUUCAUUUCUGGUUCCUUGAGCCCGGCAAAGUUGAAGCAAAAUAAAUAAAGGAGUAGAGGAUAAAAUUUGCAUUUUCCAGGUUCAAUGUCUUUCUAAUUUAGAAGCUUCCUUACUUGUCAGGCUCAACAAACAGAUCUUUGAUCUUAAGGACUCUGUGCAGCACUGCCUGGGGGCUUUGACAUACUUUUCCAACUGUUCAUAUAUGUUAUGUAGUUAUCAAAAAACAAAUCACGAUUAUAGCAUCAUAGACAGAUAGAAACAAAACGCUGUGUUCUUGGAAAAAAUCUUUAAGAGAAAGAUUACAUAUGGCCAUACGUUAAAUAGAUGGUGGUUUAUCUGUACAUCAUUAUAAUAUUGUGAAUAUUUACAGUGCCUGAAGUUUGAAUGAAGACAAAAAAUGCUACUGAGUAAACUAUUUAAAGGGGAACUGGAUUGUUUUUUAUUACUGUUUGAGAUCCGAAUUCAAUAACCACAUUCCUUUGACAUUUACAAAUAGCAGGUACAUGUUUUAAGGUUCCUGGUAAAAUGCUUGCCAACACAUUUACUCUGAAAACACAGGAUCAAAUGCAAAAUGGAGAAAGGUUAAAUCUCACGUGAAAGACAAUGGCGGCAAGAAAUCCUGAGAGUUGGGACCGAAAUACAGCCCGUAACUGCAGCUCACUCUUGCAGUUUGUUUGGAUGGCUCUGAAGAAUUGAUAUCAAUAUGUACUUCCAUUAAAACAGAUUUUUUUUUUGGGGGGGUGUUCUUAAAGGUUUUUCUGUUGCUGGUUUGGAUUCUUAUAGUUUUAAUUUUGGAAAGUCUUGCAGUUUACCCUAAUUCUAUUACAAACAGAUACAACAUUUCCUUAGCUAUCUCGUCUGUGUUCUAGGUGAAUAAAAUUGGUUCUGUUUUUUGGAAGUUGUUUUAAAAAGGGAAGAAAACACUGUCAUCCUAUUUUUUCCUCUUUGUGGAAGAAGUUAGAAACUGGAAAUUCUAGGUGUGAACUUGGGACCGUCAAUAAGGAUUCAUCUAUUGUUUGUGCUGUAACUUAUGAGUGUGUUUUUUGUUUUAUGUACUCUUAAAAAAAAAUUGCGCCCUUUUCCCUGCUGGCUAUUCACACUUGAACUAUAGUUAUUAUUUUUUUAACAAGUGAACGUUCUUAAUACUGUUAUACUUUGCACUUUUUUUUCCUUAAAUCAUUUUAUGUUGUGUGCGCACGUAUUGCUUGCAUUUCUUUUUAUUUUAAAAUGUUGGCCACUACUACAAGAUGAUUUUCCUUGCUCUAAAAUAUUUAUAUUAUAAAGAAAAGAGAUUCUUCUAUUCAUAAAUAUUUAAAUGUUAUGUAUAUGAUGGUAAAAAGGAAAAUAAUCUGGAAUGAAGGUUUUUUGUAAAGAUUUUUCUGUUUAGUGUUCAGGGAUGUAAAAUGCUGGGCAAAUUGUUCGUGCAAUGGUAAGUGUAUGUGGAUAUUUUCCCUAUCCUCGGCUCUCCUUUGAUCUGUAAAAAUCAACCGUCUUUACUAAGUGGACAACUCGGCAACCUUGACUGUUCAUAGCUCAUUGUUUUGAGAUUGGCCUUUAGGGACUCUUUUCUUAAGUCUUUUUAACUUAAUGAUUUUUCUUUCCAUUUUAAAGCUACCGCUACCUUUGGAAAGGUGACUUGGACUAAAUGUGUUUGAUGUUUCCUCUCAGAUUUUCAUUUCCCUAAUUCUCAUCUCCCUAAAGCUAGAACACUGCCAACUGAUCUAUUGUGUCGACCUUUUAGAUUGAAUAAAUCAACACUUAGGUGCUGCUAAUUCUUUAUGAAAUCCAAAUAUCUUUUAAGGGACCAGGGAGAUGCCACUAUGACCCACUUUUUUUUUUUAAUCUAAAUGUAUAUUUGUUUACACACACAGAAAAGUCUUUUCCAUAUGAAUGGUGGCUUUUCAGAGAUUUGAUCUUAGAGAUUGACCCCACCUAUUUUUUUAUACUUGUUUCAAUUGCUUAUUGUUCAUUUUUAUGUCAGCCAUUUCACAAAAGCUGUAAUUUUUUUAAAAACCUAAUUCCAUAGACAUGUGAUCCUAAAUUGAACCUUUUUGAUUCUUGCUUUCUACACCUGAAAUAUCUCAUCUUGCCUCAGUUCUACUUGUUUAUUGUCAUGACCUCUAUUGUAUGUGGAAGUAUAAUUGCAUAUUUUCCAGAGACUAAAUAUAGUUAAAUGGUUCAUAAAAUCCGAGUGUUUGUUCCUUUGAUCACAGAGAUGGGUUAGAAUACUUAGCUGAUAUUGUCUCCGUAGAAUAUGUAACAUGUUCUGAAUUAGAAAAAUAGGAACAGAAAGAGGAUUGUGUUGUUUUCUUGGGAAAUGUUUAAUUUUCAAAUAUGCGCCUAUUUGUACUUUCUGUUAAAAUGCAUGAUUGCAAAAUCAUUAUUGGGUGUGGUGUGUUGAUUCCUAAUGGAAAGUUUUAUUGUAUUUUUGAAGUUUGCACUCAGAUCUUAAGAAAUAAACCCAUCCAUAGUACCAAA